AUGAGCACUACUCUUCACCUCUUCAAAGACUCCUCUUGCACUGAUAUUGAUCCUACUCUUUAUAGAAGCAUGAUAGAGAGUCUUCUGUGCCUCACAGCCAGUCAGCCUAACAUUGUAUUUAGUGUAGUUGUGUGUGCCCACUACCAAGCCUAUCCUAAAGAGUCUCAUCUUCUUGCUGUUAAAUGCAUCGUUAAGUAUGUUAGUGGGACUUUGGGGUAUGGGAUUUGGUUCUCAACCGACACUACAGCUGAUAUCACUGGUUUUUCUAAUGCCGACUGGGCAGGGUGUGCUGAUGAUCGGAUAGGAAGAGCACAUCCAGGGGGUGUUUUUACCUUGGGAAUAAUCUGGUUGCCUAGCAUAGCAAAAAGCAAAAUGUCAUUUCUCUUUCGACCAUCGAAGCUAAGUACAUUGUUGUAA